CACACUGCUUAAUACGCAAAACAAUAACAAACAAAAAAAUUACAAAAAAACAUAAACAUAAACAAACACAAGCACAGGGAGCGAGCGAAUCGAAUCGAAGCGAAACGACGACGACGCCAUGGGUUUUCCGCGCAUCCUCAGCAAGAACAACAAGAUCUACACGAAGCUGGGCGAGUUCUGUUUGUCGGGGGACAGCUUCUGGAUCGUUUGCCACACGUGCCAGGAGGAGCUGCAGACGCAGGAUCAGUUCUGGAAGCACAUACAGGACGAACACAACUUCCUGCACGGCGUGGCCAAGCAGGAGCACAGCCGGACCUCCAGCUACUGCCUCACGGAUGUGGAGGCUGCGGCGGCGUCGGCCACGCCCGGUGGUAGCUCCCAGCAGGGCGCCACCGCCGUGAGCGUUCCGUUGGCCCUGUACCACUGCUCCGCCAAGUACUCCGAGGAGGAGCAGCGCGAGGUGGAGCUGCACGAGCAGCAGGUCCAGGUGCAGCAGCAAGUGCAGCAGCAGGUGCAACAACAGCAGCAGCAGCAGCAAGCUCAGCAGGCUCAGCAAGCGCAGCAGCAGCAACAGCAGCAGGCCCACCAGCAACACCAACAGCAGGCCCACCAGCAGCUCCAGCAGCAGCGGGAUGUGGCCAAAGAGCUGGCCGAGCUGCAUGCCAAUGCGGUGGCCGCCGCCGCCGCUGCCGCUGCUGUGGUCGCCACUGGCGGCGAGGGGAGCACCCGCAGCAGCAGCGGCAUCGACAUCAAGAUCGAGCCGGCCAGUCUCACACUAACCCCGGAAAUGCAGGCUGCUGCAGCGGCUGCCGGGACCAUUUACCAUCUGCCACAGUUGGUGCCUGCCCCUGUGCCGCCUCCGCCGCCCACGCCGGGAUUCGUGAGUGUCAGCGCCAGCACCAGCACCUCCAAUACGGUCAGCACCACGCCGCCCAAUGUGCUCCACCAGCAGCAACAGCAACAGCAGCAGCAACAACAGCAGCAACAGCAACAACAGCAGCAGCAGCAGCAACUCAACAUGACAGUCGUUCCAUCGACGGCAAUGGCCGCCGCCAUGCUGGCCGCCAGUCAGGAGCAGCUGCCCAAGGAUUCCAACAGCACGACGGCCAGCGCCGGGAGCGCUGUGUCCUCGGAUGACGGAGAGCGCUGGUAUGUCUGCGACUACGAGACUUGCGGGCUGAAGUUCAAGUACAAGUCGCGGAUGGAGCUGCACCGGGUGGUGCACAGCAAGGAGCGGCGCUUCAACUGCGAACUGUGCAGUGCAUCCUUCAAGCAGUCGUGCAACCUGUCCACGCAUCGCAAGAAGAAGCAUGCGCUGAGGGGCAUCAAAAGCGAGAUACUGCCGCAGCGUUUCUAACUUGCCUUAAGUUCCCCCCCCUAAAAUCCUACCCCUCGCCCUCCCCAAUCACUUGUUUAGCUCAGCCACUAGGACUAGAUUCUAGACUGCAACCCGGCAAUUUUGACCUAAGUUUAAAGAUUACUUUACAAACAUCCCCACAGAAAUCGCCUGCUUGCCACACGACUACUGAUAUGGUUUAACCUUUAUUUUUAUGAAAGCCUUUAACAAAUGUAUACAUUUGCAAGGAGCCCCAGAAAUCUUUAGGUUUUCCCAGCACUGGAAAAUCCGUAGGUGCCAUCGAAUCUCUAUCGUUUCACUCUUGUUAAUGAGCAAAUGUAUAGUUCUAGAUAGUUAUGUGGCACCUUGAUUCGAUUUUCGGUUGGAAUUUGCUUUUAAAAGAGAUUUAUGAGGUUACUUUUUGUACAAAACCUGAUUGUAAAUUGAAAACUUCUACGCUAAAAAUACACUCUUGUGGCAGGCAAGCGAUCUAUAUAUAUAUAUAUAUAAAUAUAUAUAUAUUUAAAUAUUUGUAUCUAAUGUAGGCUUAGUUUCCCUUGUAAAUGUAAUGUUAAUGUUUAAUCGGGGUUAUGUUAACCUCCCAUUAACUUUUACGCUCUAGAUGUAUAUGCAAUCUUUUAUAUACGGGUUGUCCCUAAAAUCUUCAACGAUUUUCAGAAGGAAUCCGUUGGUGUCCCAUAAUUUUUAGAGUUUUUGAUGUAUAUUGAAGUAAACUUGCUUAAACUUUAGGAACAAAUUUCAAAAUUAACUCAUUGGUGGGUUUUAAAUCGAUUCAAAAGUUGAAUAGGUUUCUGGGACACCGAGAUUAGUGAUUCAUUUGAAAUUUGGUUGGCUGAGAUUUCUGGGACACUCCCGAUAGUGGCUAAGAUAGUGGCAGUUACAGUUGAACAGGUUAAUCUACGUCAGUUGUUCAGUUAGUUACACUCUAUAUAUAAAUGUCCUGGGUCUAGUGCGAUACGAAUGGUAAAUGUACCAUAAGAUCAAUCAAUCAAAAGCAACCAACCACAGCAGCAACAGCAACACCAAUCGAAAACGAAAAUACAUAAAGAAUACCUUACAAAUUGUUCUAAA